CUCUGAUUCUUUCCUUUCCCUCUUCCUGCGAGCAGGUUCUUUCACGACAUCUCCAGGGUUUUGGUCCACUUCAAUCCAAAAACAUCCAGUCUUGUUCGAAGUCGCAUCUGCUGUACAAAGUCUGUCUACUAAUUCCCGAGUCGGUCCACAGAAAUCAGAAAUCGAGAAAAGGUUGUCGCGACAGAGCUCCGGCUUAUCAACGAAAAUCUUCCUUGUCUACCAACUGCGACAUCGAGAAUGACUGCCGAAUGUAAAUCUCUUGAAAAGUUCCUCGAAUUUCCGGAUGACGUUUGGCAGGCGAUCUUUCACCAGGUUGAUCGUCCGAUAGAUCUACUUUCUUGCAUACUGGCAUGCAAACGAUUCAAAAACCUUGCGCUCUUCCCGCUCUAUCACGCUAUUCAUUACAAACCGGCAUUUUCAUCAAUAAGGUCUCUCUCCAAAACCUCUUUCGCGCAACGAAAUCCCUCUACUCUAGGUCAAAUAAUUCGCACAGUCGUUCUCACCACGAGCAAUGGCCGGUACAAACCUAGUGGUGAUCAGCCUUUACCUCCAACAUUCGCAUCGAGUGACCCCGAUACCCUGGCCUCUCUAUUCCACUCAUCAUUCGCAGCAAAUGUUACCAAAGUGGUUUUUAUCUCUGCCAGACUACCCUCGAAGUUCUAUGUUGUUCUGGCAUCGUGGACGAGGCUUAGGGCUCUGUAUCUCCACAGUUCAUGGGACGAUCCAGCGAGUCAACAUAAUGAUGAUGAUCCACUCAGUGCCAGCGCAUCACAAUUGCCGACCACCCUCGUCGACGUACGCGUAUGGAAUCACAACUUCAGAGAGACCAUUCUCAGAUCCAGAGGACUCGAGCAACCUAUUUACCGCGUUUGUGGAGUAGUCGCUACUGUCAUCCUUCCCUCUCAACACCUUCACACCCUGUACCUAGACUGGAAACUACCAGUUGCGCAUGGUCUCGUUGGGAGACAAACUACUGCAGCUCACCCCGAAUCGUUCGUGGUUAGGACAGCACCGCGCCUUCGUGUACUGCACGUACGCCUUCCUUCCGCCAAGGAUGUAGAGCUAAACCCCCGUGCUAGCUCAAAGAUGCGGCGUCUGUAUGUCCAGCUCGGAAUCUUUCUACGAGCCUGUUCGAAUUUGGAAGAGUUGCAUCUGGUGACUGAGGACAGGUAUCGUGUUCCCUCGAUCUUUGGCAAAGACCUGGCAUAUGUAGGACUCUCAAACAUCAAGGUUAUUUCCGUUCCUUCGCUCCAUUUCCUUCCAUUUCUCGUAUCAAACACCGCUCCGCUUGAAUCCCUACAGGUCUCACCUCACCGAGCCAAGUAUAGCAAGGGGGGCAUCUCUGGCAAGCAGUUCUCUCGUGCUCUUCUUCAGGUUCCUUCCCGCGCGACCAUAAUGUCCACACUCUCUGAGUUCUGUGGAUUGACGAUGAGGGACAUUACGAUUUUUUGUAAGGUGUGGCAUCAUGAACUCCUCCUAUUCGCUGUACAGCAUUUCCCUCGUCUGGAGGUGUUGAAGAUUGGGUAUGAGAUUGCACUCAUCAGCGAGGUCAAUUGGCAGUCAAUGGGUGAUUUACAUCUUCGUCAUCUUCCAGCGUUAACGACUUUUUACCUCUACCAACGCGGGGACGAAGAGCCUUCACUCACGUCCACUGAUCCGAGUCCUCGUUCUACGCCCGAUGACGUCCAAUUAUCUACGACCGAGGUUGAAUCGGCACUUCACGUCCUCACGGCGUGGAGCCGACGGGUCAUAGCAUUAAACGAAGUCAGCUUUGACCAAGAUUCUGUAUGGACAAGGGGUAAGGUCUUUCAAAGCAUACCUUGGAAUGAAGAAUGUCCGAUGCCUCAGCCUAGAUGGAAGUGGUCCGAGUGGAGAGUUUCGAAGCGUUGUAAUCGUCCAGGUGAUGAUUUGGUAGAAGGGAAUAGGGAGGUUGAUCGUUUUCUUGCAUGA